GUCGAUCGCCCUCUUUCUGACUCUGUUCCUCGCCUUGCUCUCUCUGCUUCUCCACAGUUGCUUGGACUCGGCUUCUUUCUCCUGAUAUGGUCCCUCGUGAUCAGCAAGAUGGGCUGGCCCCUGGCCUCCCUGCCUCUCUUCGGCUGGCACCCCCUUCUCCAGUCGCUCGGUCUUCUGCUUCUCAUCCAGUCCACGUCUGUUCUGCAGCCGACGACCGGCUCUCGCCCACAAGAGAAGGGAGCAGCAGCAAAGACACACCGAUGGAUCAAUACCACUGCAGCAAUCGUCUUCACCGUAGGGGCCAGUAUAAUGUGGUACCUCCACUCACCAAAUGGCCAUUUCAUUAGCUGGCAUGGCAUCUUUGGGACUGCCACGGUGGUAUGGAUGUGGACGCAGGCGGUAAUUGGAGCCGCCAGCGUCUGGAGCCUGGGGCAACGAUUGCUGGGAGGCGAGGAAAAGGCAAAGGCAAUCUGGAAGUGGCAUAGGUUGAGCGGGUACCUUCUCCUGCCCUUCUUCCUCGUAACCCUCUUCACUGGCGCCACUCAGACAUCAUGGUCCCAGCAGAACGCCUCGACGACCUACCGCGCCCUCAUCACAGUCGUCCUCAUUGGCGUCUUUGCUGCCGGCGCAGCGCGAGUGCAGUUCAGCAAGCUGCCCAAGCUCAUGGGCUAA